UCUAGAGCAGCUGUCUGGGAUUUCUUAAAGGCAAAAGCAGACUCCAAACCCGAUGUCAGUCCACCAUUACGCUCGGCAUUCCCGGACGCUGGGAAACGUCGCUCUAUCGCGAUGAAAAGCCCUCUUUUGAGUGCCUGACGGACACAUUUAAAUCGGAAUGCAGUCGGCCGCGGCGGAGCAAGGCUAUGGUGACUCUGCAGGUUCGGUGGUGCAGGUGUGCUUCCCCAGCGUGCAGGCCUCGGUGCUGGACAGCCUGAACCGGCAGCGUGAAGACGGCCAUCUCUGUGACCUCUCCAUCCACGUUCAGGGCCAGGUGUUCAAGGCCCAUCGGUGUGUGCUGGCUGCGUCCUCACCUUACUUCCACGACCAGGUGCUGCUGAAGAACAUGUCCACCGUCACCAUCCCGGCCGUCAUGGACCCGCUGGCCUUCGAGAGCGUCCUCAGCUGCGCUUACACCGGCCAGCUGCGCAUGCUUCGAGAAGACAUCGUUAACUACCUCACCGUUGGCAGUGUGCUCCAGAUGUGGCACAUUGUGGACAAAUGCACUGAGCUUCUCAAAGAGGGCAGGGGAGGUUCAAGUGGAGCUCAGGGAACCGGAGACAAGGAGAGCGCGGGGCAGAGCGCCGGAGCCAACAAGAUGGACGGAGGAGACGCGCCCUCGACUCCUCAGCCUCCCAGCCGCCCGUCUUUCAGCGAGAGCCAGUCCCCGAGCAGCACCAACUACUUCAGCCCCGAGGCGCGCGCGCCGGGCGGAGCCAUGGUGACCACCGGAGCCGCGGGAGAGAGCGCCGUUCACUCCACCCCGACCUACUGCAUGCCCUCCGGCGGAGAGGAGGGCUUCAUGAUCGAAGAAGACGAGGAGGACGACGACGAGCUCCUGUUCCCCAGGAAAAGAGACCGGGGGGGCAAGCGGAAGGUCGCGACCUCCGUCUCCGAUCAAGAGGUGGGCGUGAGCGACAGCUUCGGCGUCUCCUCGUAUCAGGAUGGAGACUCGUCUCCGCCCCAGAAGCGGCCGUCGUACAGUCAGCCGAGCAUCAUGCCCAGGAAGCAGUGGGUGGUGGUGAAGACGGAGCACUCGAGAGACGACGACCUGAUCGUGGUGUCGGGAGGAGAAGAGGGAGGAGACGAUGAAGAGGAGCGAGAGAUGGAGAUGGGCAGAGAGAGGGACAGGACAUUUAACAUAUCCAACGUUAGGACCCUCUCUGGACUCAGAGAAGAAGCUGAAAUGGAGGCACAGGCUGACUAUUGCCAGUCUUCAGAAGACUACCUCAAGUUUGAGAGAGGUUUGAUGGAGCAGACGUCCUCUCAACACCCUCCGGAGACCCCCGGUCAGUGCUCCAGCAGGACCGUGUCCACCCUGCUCGGCUCAGUUCAGUCGCCGGCCGCCAGAGCCCAGCUCUUCCCUCUGGAUAUGCAGGGAAACCAGAUUCUCCUGUACAAUCAAGCCGCCCUGGAGUCUACAUCUCCAUUGGGGCUGGCAGGAGGCAUGUCCGGGGCGUCUCUGAAGGGCAGCCUCGAGCACGGAGCGGUCCACUUACCCGGUCAAGGAUCUCUGGGGAGCGGGAUGGAAGGAUUAGACGGCGGCGCGGCUGGAAGUGCAGGCAAGGUCUUCAUGUGUCACUGCGGGAAGACCUUCACGCAUAAAAGCAUGCGAGAUAGACACAUCAACAUGCACCUGGACCUGCGGCCCUUCCACUGCCCCGUCUGCGCCAAGAAGUUCAAGAUGAAGCAUCACCUCACCGAGCACAUGAAGACCCACACCGGUCUGAAACCCUACGACUGCCACGGCUGCGGGAAGAAGUUCAUGUGGCGCGACAGCUUCAUGAGGCAUCGCUCGCAUUGCGAGAGGCGCAGCCGGGCCGAGGCCAGAGCGUCCGAAAGGUCGGUCAUCUCUCCGCCGCACCACGUGAAGCUCCAGUCGGCCGGCGAGGCUAGCGUUGGGGUCAGAAGCGGGAUUCCCGUUCUGUCUCCGCAGCAUUCCAUGAGCAACAACGGCGUCUCGUGUCUCAACAUGGCCGCUUCCGGGCCUCUUCUUGGAAUCGGUUCUCAAAGCGGGCCGCACGGCAUUGGAUCCGGCGUUUUGGGCAUCGGCGGCAGUCGUAGCGGGUGUGUGGAGGAAGUCUGUGAGGGUAACGUCGACGAAAGCAGCGUCACAUAAGACGUGUCCCUCAGAAACCAACGUCCCUCUAAACCUGAACACUUGUCUUCGGUUUCAAGGGACUUUGGGCCAGAUUUACUAAACAGGGAAAAUUAGCGUUCCUUGAAAAUUCCUGGAAAGCGCCGAUUGGAGGCGGAAAAUUACGUAAUUUAUUUUACAUCAAGAAACACUUUUCCAUAUUGACUAGCGAAAUCUAGCAGGAGCACCUAGGUUUAAAAAAGUACUUCCAUAAUCUAUUUAAAGUGCUCUAAUUUUGUACUUAAUAUAGUAAUAAUUAUUCUUGAGUUCUACCUAAUUACACUUUCAUAAUGUAUUUAAAGUGCUCUAUUUUCGUCCACUAAAUGACUACUUAAUAUAUUAAAAAGCUAUUCUUUAGUUCUUUUUAAGAUAAAUGUAAGCUCAACUAAGUGUACUACGAGUGCUAACUAAAUGUUUUUGAUACAGAGAUAUGUUAAAGACAAAGUUCACCCAAAAAAGAAAAUCUUUCACCCCAAAGCCGUCCUAGGUCCUUGUGACUUUCUUCUUUCAGACGAACACAGAGUUGUAUCCCGGCUCUUCCAAGCUCGGUAAUGCUGGUGGAUAGCAGCCAUUAUUCAGCUCAAUAAAUCAGAUAUAAAUGCAAAUACUUUGACGUAAAACUAACCUAUAGGCGUCCGAGGGGUUAACACAUGACCUUCGAAGCAGAUCGAUGGGUUUUUGUAACAAAAAUAAUUCUAGUAUUCAAAUUAUAACCUACAUUCCUUUAAAUAAUGCAUUUUAGUUAAUGUUCAAGGGGUCCCAAAACCGCACAGUUGAGUACACUUAGUAGAUCUCAAGUUUAUCUUAAAUAUAUAUUAAAUUAAAAAACAGAGCAUUAUGGAAGUGUCAUUUACUAUAAUUUUUUUUUUACAUGCAUUAAAGCAUUAAUGAGUGGGAUUUUAAAUAAAUCCCGUCCCAUGAUUCAUUUAAAUGCUUUACAGACCAAAAGGGAAACCCCUAUGAAUGCACAUUCAUUAAGGCGAGUCUUAAAAGUAGGCCUUUUCGGCGCUAAUUUUCCACUGCGUGUCUUCAGUGAAUCCCGCUAACAGUUUGUAACGCGCAUGAGGGUUUGCGCUGGCGCAAGCUGACGGUAAAUCUGGCCCUCUGUGCACACGCGUCUGAUUCUUUACCUCAUGUCGGUGAGUGCGCGCCAUACAAGAUGUCCCAUGUGUGUCUGAAAACAAUACCAAUGACCAAGUGCCCGUUGCAAGCUCACGUACGUAUCUACUCAAAGCCCAGGCUGCUCUGGUGACGGUCUGAAGCGUAUCCCGGCCAGGAAUACGAGACGGUCACCGUUACGUUCAAGCUGCCUCACUAGCACAGGACUAGUUCACUGUUGCUCUGAAGUGCCGUUCUGUUAUUCUGUUGUACAGUACUGUGACUCAUUUGGUCCGUUCUUGAUGUGAAGUUUUAUUGUACCGUCACUCGACUAUAUACAGUAUAUUCACUCUCAAAGGUUUUAAUCUCUUGUUUCCUUAAAUAAGAGACAAGAAUCUUGUUUGCUCUGCACUUUGGUGUCUUAAGGCCCGUUCACACCGAGAAGAAAAAAGUCUAACGAUAAUCUAUAAAGUUAACUAUAAAGGUACAAAAAAAAGGAUAACUAUAACGACUGUAAAGAUUUGUUUGCUAAAUAAUUAUAACAAUGACCAAGAAGGUCUGUUCACACCAAGAACAAUAACUUCAACGAUAAAGAAAGGCUGGAUGCAUUCACAAAAGGAUAAUUAUAAUAACUAUAAAGGUACAUUCACAUAAACAAUGAUAACUGUUAAAAUAACUGUAAUAUAAAGGUAAAGACAAUAAAUAUAACGAUAGCUAUCAAGGCUUGUUUGCAAAAAAGCAUGAUAACUAUCACAAUAAAAGUUUUUUCAAAGGUUGAUAAUUGAUAAUAAAAAUAACGAUAACUAUAAAGGUUUGUUCACAUAUGCAGCGAUAACUAUUAAAAUAACUAUAUAAAGGUUCAUUCACAAAAAAGGUAACAGUAACUAAAUGUAGAGGCUCAU